AAAUAUCAUUCGUGGAGAAGGAAGAAAAAUGGCAGCUGACGAUUAGAGAGAAGUGUGAGGAUCUUCGCUCGGAGGAGGAAAGAACAACAACAAAAACAACAACAAAAACACGCCACGCAAAACAACUGGAAGCGGACCUGUUGUCGUUGGGCAUCACAGUAGAAGCGCCGCCAUUGGUCGGUCUUCUAAGAAGCGUCACCAUUGGUCCGUCAUCACAGGAGCGUUGCCAUUGGUCGUCAGUCACCAUGGGGAAAACGCCACUAAAAGAUCAGAAAGACGUGAAGAAGGAGAAACCGGGCCGGAUGGUUCCGCUCACGGAGUCCAACCCCGCCUCCGCGAAAGAUGCCUUCAGCUGGGAGGAGUACCUGAAGGAGACGUCUUCCCUGCCGGCUCCACCGGGAUGUUUUCGACAGGCUCGAGUCCCGUUCUCCAACGACUUCAAGGUGGGCAUGAAGCUCGAGGCCCACGACCCGCGCAACUCCACCUCGGUGUGCAUCGCCACGGUGAUGGGCCUAACGGGCGUUAGGCUCCGCCUCCGCCUGGACGGCAGCGACAACAGCAACGACUUCUGGCGCCUCGUGGACUCGGCCGACAUCCAGCCGAUCGGCAGCUGCGAGAAGAACGGAGACAUGCUGCAGCCGCCGCUGGGCUUCCGGAUGAACGCCUCCUCGUGGCCCAUGUUCCUCCUGAGGACCCUGAACGGGGCCGAGAUGGCGCCGGCCGCCGCCUUCAAGAAGGAACCCCCGAGGCCCCCGCAGAACCUCUUCCGGUUCGGCAUGAAGCUGGAGGCCGUGGACAAGAAGAACCCGUACCUCAUCUGCCCCGCCACGGUCGGCGAGGUGAAGGGCGACGAGGUCUUCGUGAUGUUCGACGGCUGGCGCGGCGCCUUCGACUACUGGUGUCGGUACGAGUCCCGGGACGUGUUCCCCGUGGGCUGGUGCUCAUUAACCAGGCACAGCCUGCAGCUACCCGGCAACAGCGCGAGCCUUCCCAAAGCCGUGUCCGCCCUCCCGACGUCGCCCUCCAAGCCGAGCCGGCGCUCCAUGCAGUCUCCGUACCGGCUGCCCAACCCGCUGCCGGCGCUGCCCGUCAGGAAGGGGGUCCGGGGCCGGCGGCCCAAGAGCGAGACCAUCGCUUUGCUGAAGGCCGCGGCGGAGGCAGCGGCGGCCGCCAACGCCGCCAACGCCGCCAGAGGCGUCGCGCUCAACGGAGCGGCGCCCGAAGGCACGCCGCUCGUCCCCCGGCUGUACAAGAAGAGGGGGCCCAAGCCCGGCAGCAAGAGGAAGUCGAAGCUCCUCCAGAACUCGUCUCAGCUGUCGAGCAUCCAGGUUCCUCUAGAGAGCCACGGCAGCCUCACCUCGGUGGUCUCAACAGUCUGCGUCUACCUGAACAAGCAGGGGGUCUGCGGCCCUCACCUGGACAGGAAGCAGAUGCAGCGCCUCCCGGACCACUUCGGGCCGGGCCCGGUGAACGCGGUGCUGCAGCUGGUGGUCCAGUCCUGCAUCGACUGUGCGUACCAGCCCAAGGUCCUGCUGAGCGCCCUGCAGACCCACUCGGGGGGAGGGGAGGUGGUCAGAGUGCGAGCCGACGGCGGCGUCCGCGUGGUGAAGCUGCCGGCGGCCUCCAGCGCGUUCUCCGUGCUGCGCUUCCUGGAGACGAUGUGCCGCCAGCUGCAGUGCGACAACCUGUUCAGCAGCCAGCCGUUCAGCCACCACGGCUACGACCGCAGCCGGCCAGUGAAAGAGGAGGCGCCGGACGCUCCGGCUCGGGGGGCCAAGCGGAGUCUCUCGGGGGCCUCGCCGCCGUACACGGCUCCUGUGUCGCCCAAACAUCUACGAACCGACGCUCAACCCUCAGAAGCAGAGACUCUUCCCCAUGAGGAGAACGGCCUCUUAAAGGAACAGCGCUACAUGGACUCCGCCUCCAUCUCCGUGACCCCUCGACCUCAGGCGGCGCCGCGCGGCUCCUCAGAGUUCCACGCCCACGGCGCCGCCCGCUACCGCCACGGCUCGCCGGCCGCACGCCGCCUCUCCUCCAACCCGGCGGAGCUCGGCUCCAAGCAGCCGCUCAGACGGGUAGAAGCAGCGAGCUCCACCACCGGCCCCGAGGCCCCGCCCCCCGGCCGGCCCCCGUCCUCCUGGUCCAUCGAUGAGGUCAUGCAGUUCGUGCGGGACGCCGACCCCACGGCGCUGGCGCCGCACGCCGAGCUGUUCCGCAAACACGAGAUCGAUGGUAAGGCUCUGAUGCUGCUGCGGAGCGACAUGAUCAUGAAGUACAUGGGGCUGAAGUUAGGCCCCGCCCUCAAGCUGUGUCACCACAUCGAGCGGCUGAAACACGGGAAACCCUGAGCGGGACCAGGACUCAUGGGGGCGGGGCACAGGACCCCCCCCCCCCUUAAAGGGACAGACCCUCAGUACACAAGAUGAAAUCCUCUGAUCUGGACUUCAUGGAUCCCCCAAAGACGGAGAACCGUUCUCCUCAAAAUCAUUUCUUAUCCCCAUCGGAGGAACCGAGAGAAACUGAAACUUCUUCCCCCGAGGAGUCUCUCCUUCUCUUGAGGAGUGUCUCCUUCCCCUGAGGAGUCUCUCCUUCUCUUGAGGAGUCUCUCCUUCCCCUGAGGAGUCUCUCCUUCUCUUGGGGAGUCUCUUCUUCCCUUGGGGAGUCUCUCCUUCCCCCGAGGAGUCUCUCCUUCUCUUGGGGAGUCUCCUUCCCCUGAGGAGUCUCUCCUUCUCUUGGAGAGUCUCUCCUUCCCUUGAGGAGUCUCCUUCCCUUGAGGAGUCUCUCCUUCCCUUGAGGAGUCUCCUUUCGGCCGGAUGUCGAUCACAUAUUUAUUUUGUGGUUAAAAAGAGAAACGGCAGAUUUAAAACAUUUAACUUCCUUUUGAUUCUUUCACAAUAAAAGCCCUGCGAUACUUCUGCAGCUUUCUCUUCCUGCCUGCAGUGUUCGUGGAUUUUUAAUAAAUAACAUUUUACUAUUAAUUCUUCAUCUGCAAAUAGCCAUUAAUUUAAUUAUUUUCUCGAUUUAAUUAAUUAGUUGUAGAAAUAAUGUCCAACAGUGUUUCCAAGUCCAGAAUAUUCUCCUCAAAUGUUUUCAAAGAUUUACAGUUUGAACUGGAAUCAGAGAAUUUUUACUUUUUAUAUCAAAUAACUCAAAACUCGUUAAUCAAUUAACGAAACGGCUGCCAGUUCAUUUAGUUGAGCGAUCAUCGUCGACCAAUCCGAUGACCGUUUUCUCAAUCAUUUGAUAAAACGUUGAUGACGUCAUCAAAUGUGUUUUUAGUCCACGACUAAAACUAAAUAUUCACGUGACUCCUAACAUCACUCUGAUCGAUUCAUCGAUUAAACAAGAACAUUGGUGGUUAAAUUAAUAGUUGCCAACUAAUUGAUCAAUCAAUUAAUUAUUCUUCCUGCCGUGUUCCUUGUUAAAGAAAAGAGGCGUCGGCUUCGUUAGUGAAGAGGGCGUCGGCUUCGUUAGUGAAGGAUGAAGGGGCGUCGGCUUCGUAGUGAAGAGGGCGUCGGCUUUGUUAGUGAAGGAUGAAGGGGCGUCGGCUUCGUAGUGAAGAGGGCGUCGGCUUUGUUAGAAGUCGAAGGGGGCGUCGGCUUCGUUAAAGAGGGCGUCGGCUUCUCUCUUGGUUGUGUCACUCACACACACAUGUACAGUUUUUAUGGGUUUCACCAUGAAUAUCAGCGAACAGAAUGUACAUUUUUGUAGAAACCUAAUAUUUUAAAAAGAAGAUCAAUUAUAACGAGUUAGAAAUGUGAAGAAGAAAAGAAAAGAUGUUUUUAAAUGGUAUUAAACUGGCUUCUUCUUCAUGGGUCACCGAGACGCUUCAGACCUCAGGUCUACGUGGUCUCGGGUCCACGUGGUCUCAAGUGUUUAAAGGAGAAGUUUCCCGUUUCUUUUCCUUCAGGUCUUAAAACAGAACGAAACUCUUCUCGAUCUUCACUUGUCAUUUUAAACAAAGUGUGUUUAUGAUGCUGUGUAUUUACUUUUGCUUUUUUUGUAUAAACUUGCCAAAAACUAAAACAUGUGUUUUUUACUGACUGAU